AUGACAAGGUAUAUAGGUUCUAACGACACGUUUGGCUCACGUCGUCGAGGCCAUGGCGGGAGACGACGCAGCAAAACUCGCACAACCAUAUCUUCAGAGUAUCAGAACUCGUCUUCAACAGAAGUGCCUAUAGCGCGACGCGCUGAUCUCUCACAAUCUCAACAAGGAAAAAAGAAGAAACAAAAAAAGAAGGACAAGAACAAAGAUAUGUAUGAUCCGCCUUUAAAGGAGUACGAGCCAUCUUUUGUGGAAAUGCCUAAAGAUCUAUAUCAGGCACAUUUGCGUCCUGGAGUUAUUUUUCGCAUACAUAUGUCUGAAGCUAUCCUCAAAAUGCAAUAUCGGAAUUACGGAGAAGACAAAGACGAGUCGGUGAUAGAGGCGGACGUCGAAUAUUUGCGGUUAACACGAAAAGUGAUCAAUGAUGAGAUCACCAAGUUUGAAGAUUUGAGAUGGCUUGUUGGAUGGUUCAGCAACCGUUCGGAGCUUAUACAGGAACAUAUGUGCAACACUAGAUAUUAUGCUGUUGGUAUCCCACCAACAAUGUUCACUCAUUCCGAAGAAUACAUGAAACGUAUGUGUCUAUUUGACAAUGUCUACAUCGACCACAUUCCAUAUGUGGUGGGAGAAGAUGGAUCUCUAAUGGCUGCUGUAGCUCCUCCGGUCCUUCAUUGUGAUGCUGCGACCUGUACAUCUGUACCAUUUAUUGAUAGUAUAAUGUUCGACGAACGUCUAUCUCGCACCAACGUGCGUACCGUGACACGAUGCCAGGCGAGCUGUCGCGCUCACUGCCGCAACGAUCCAGACUGUUUGAAACGUUGCUCUGAUCGAUGCUUGAGAUCUGAU